CAGAGAGAGCCAAUGAAUGUAGCUUCCACAAAACAAUUGUGUUUUAUCACCUUUUAAAUUUUACUUCUUGGUGUAGACAAACAAAACUGUUAUAAUCAUUAUUAUUAUUAAGAAUACACCCCAAACCUUUUACAAAGAAGAAAUAAUUCUCCCUUUUUUGGACUUCACAUAAUUGUCAUAGGCUCUAUGAUUGUUACAGUCUAGCUUGUGUUUCUAGGAAAGUGGGUGGAUUCUCCUUCUCAUGUCCUAGCUGUACUACCCACUGAUACAAACAAGAGUAUAAAAUUUCUUCAUACUCUGGUUGGGAAUUCCUUUUUGAUAGCUUAUUGCUGUCUUAUUUGUUGUUCUUUUCUUGUAUUAAAAAAUUGCUACCAAAACUAAGUUCCUACUUUCUUAAUUUGUUCAAAAUCUGAAACAUUUCUCAAUGUAUUCAAUAUUCUCUGGACUUGGAUAGUCUAUGAUUAAGACCUUGCCUCAAAAUUUCCCUCCCUGCAAUUGUGGAAUCCCCGAAAGGCCACAUAUUUUGUUUCAAUUCAGAUUUGGCAUUGUAUCAGUUGCUAAUUUUGCUUAGAAAACGUCUACAUUUUCCCUUGUUCAACUGGGUCUUGAGGGAAAGGCUAAAAAAGCUUCCUUUUUUUCUUCACAUCUUCAAAACCCCAUUUGGGUAUUGGGAGAGUGAUGCAUAUUAAAGCUUCCGAAACAACAAAAAAUGGCAAAUCUUGUUCCUGGGGUCCUUCUAAAGCUUAUGCAGCACAUGAACACAGAUGUAAAAGUUGCUGGUGAGCACAGGUCCUCUCUGUUGCAAGUAGUGAGCAUUGUUCCAGCACUUGCAGGGGGGGAACUGUUCCCAAAUCAAGGCUUUUAUCUCAAGGUUUCUGAUUCCUUACAUGCCACCUACGUUUCUCUCCCUGACGAGCAUGAUGAUCUCAUCCUCAGUGACAAGAUUCAACUGGGUCAGUUUGUUUUUGUUGAUCGUUUGGAAGCAGCUUCACCAGUUCCUAUUCUUCAUGGGGUUAGGCCUGUUCCUGGGAGACAUGCUUGUGUUGGAACCCCUGAGGACAUUGUUGCAACUCACUCACUUGGCUUCCUUAGUAAUGAUAACAUUCACAAGAAAAGUGUUGGUUCUGGUUCCUUGGACUUAGAGAGGUCUAAGUCUCCUAGGAAAGUGUUGGGAAAUCACCAUGUUGGGGAGAAGGAGAAGAAGGACAAAGUAAGAUUGAAUGGUGGUGGUACUUAUGAAGAGCAUUUAGACAAGAAACCAGUGUUUUUGGCUAAAAGCAAAUCUCAGACAACAAAAGCAGCAGCCAAUGUUGUUGAUGUGAAGAAGGAACCAUUGGCAAGAUUGAAGUCCUUGAAUUCACGGUCCAUUCCUUCUUCUCCUACUAGUUGCUAUUCAUUGCCUACUUCUUUUGAGAAAUUUACCAAUGGAGUCAAACAACAGGCAAAUAUCAAGGGAGUGGAGAAACUAACUGCUAAGGUGGGAGUGGUGGAGAUAGGAAAGGGUGUUCGCGGCGUAAGUCCCCCUGGGAAGAGAAUUUCUGUGGGAAAUCCAAUCAGAAAUUUGGUUCAUGGAUUUGAGCUUGGUGCUAAGGCUCUGCGUAAGAGUUGGGAAGGGAAUAUGGAAGUCAAGAAUAAAGACACAUCCAAAUUAAGGGCAGCCAAGUGUGAUCCUAAGCCUGAGGUUUGUAGCUCAGUAAGUACUCCUAGGAGAAGUACUUCAAAUGAAAAGUUGCCCUCUAAAGAGGAAAGCAAGGCAAAAACGCCAACGAAGUCCUCUAAGGAAGAGCACAGGACUCUUGCAUCUACAAAGAAAGUUACUGCUGAAGGAACUAUGGAGGAGCAAGAAAUGUCAAGUAAGCAAAGAAUUUCUGUUGGAAAGAAAUCAUCAGAAGUUUCUAAAACUGGACUCCCCGGAAACUGGCUCAAAAUUUCUCCAAAUAGUAGAAAAGUGACAGAUGCAAGUGUUCAAUGGGCUUCACUCCCAUCAUCAAUUGCAAAGCUUGGGAGGGAAGUAAUGAAGCACAGAGAUGCAGCACAGUUGGCAGCAACUGAGGCUAUACAAGAGGCUGCCGCUGCUGAGAGUUUGUUGCAAUGUCUAAGUGUAUACGCGGAGCUAAGUAAUUCUGCCAAGGAACAUCACCCGCAGCCAGCAAUAGAGCAAUUUUUAUCUCUCCAUAGCAGCCUAAAUAAUGGGCGGACAAUUGCUGACUCCCUAUCUAAAUCCAUUCCAGAUGGUUCAUCUCCAGAUAGUGAAAGAUGCAUAACAGAAGCAGCACUAAAAAUCAAAACAGAUAGACAUAAACUUGCAGCUUCGUGGGUCCAGGCUGCUUUAUCCACCAACCUAUCAUCCUUUUCGGUCUAUAACCGAGAACCUCUAUCAACCAGGCUUCAAGUUUCAUCAAAUUCUCAAAAUCAAAAGAAUAUCUUGAAAAACAAGCCAAUACUAGUCCUAGAAAAUUCAAGGGAAGAUGCUCCAUCAAAAUCUCAUGGAAAAACACGUCAUUCCAAACUUGGCUCACAAGGAACUCCUCGCAAAUCAAGUGACAUGUUAGCAAAUGGACACAAACAACUAGUCCAACCACCAGUGCCAUGGGCUAGAGGAAAUGGCCUUGAUGAGGUGGUUAAUUUGGCCGAGAUGCUGCAGUUGCGGUCACGAGACUGGUUUUUGGUGUUUGUUGAGAGAUUCCUGGACACUGAUGGGGACACUGGCUUGUCAAACAAUGGCCAGAUAGCAGGUAUGCUCUCUCAACUAAAAAGUGUAAAUGAUUGGUUGGAUGAGAUAGGGUCAAGCAAGAAUGAGGGAGAAUCAUGCCAGAUACCGGCUGAGACGAUUGAUCGGCUGAGGAAGAAGAUAUAUGAAUAUCUUCUUACACAUGUUGAAUCUGCUGCUGCUGCACUGAGUGGUGGAUCACAAUCAUCACCUCAGAUCCAAACAGCAGAGAUCAAAGGCAAGAAAUGAUGAAUAAGUACAUAGCUUAGCUCACUUAAGGAUGCUGUAUUUAUGGUGGCAUAAGAAGAAACUUGGUCACCAAAAGUUGUUUUAAGAAGCAAGGUGCCUCUUCCCUUCAGUUUCACACACCAAAAAAUGAAUUCACUUUUUCCACUAGUCCUUUUUGUACAUAAAAAUCCUGCAUGGGUUUUGAGGUAUAGAUGGAAUGCUAAUUAUUUAUCUGGGGAAGUAGCAAAUAUGAUUUGGUGAGGAUUCAUUUCAUUUCCUUUUACUAAGUUAUUGUUCAUAUGAAAUUACACACAUUGAAACAGU